UUUAGAGGUUUUAAAUGUUUUUUUUAUAAUUUUAGAAGUUUUAUUUUGUUAAGUUUUAGAUGUUCUUUCUAACUAUUUUAAUUUUUUUUGUAGAUUUUGAAUUUUUAUAAAUUUAGAUGCUUUUUUGUUAAUUUUUUUUAUUUUUUUAAUAAUUUUAAAUAUUCUUUUUAUUUAGGAUAAAAAAUGUUAAUAAACCAAUUAAAGUUUAAAAUUACGUAUAUCUCUCAGGUGAAAAAAUGUUACGUGAAUGUUCCUAAUGAACAUUUCUAUAUAAAUUGAAACAGUUAGUAUCGAUUUACUAGGAUUUCAUACAAAUCGGAUGUGUUCAAUUCGAUUUACUUAAUAAUACAAGCUAAAUCGAAUUAGUCUGGAUCCAUUUAUAUUUUUUGAUAGAAUAGUCGUAAAUAGAAGCACCCAGGUUCAAUUUACAGUGUAUUACUAAAUAAAUUGAGUUGAGCACAUUCGAUUUACUAAAAUUAACAAUAUACAUACAUAAAUCGAAUUAGAUCCAUUCAAUUUAUCUGACAUCCUAAUAAAUCGAAUCACUCUAAUUCGAUUUACUACCAACAUUUGUAAAUCAAUAUUAGUUAUAUCGAUUUAUAUAGAAAUGUCCACUAAAAAUAUUCACGUAACAUUUUUUUUUAUUUAGGAUCUACUAAUGAGUUUCAAUAGUUUUAUUUACGUUUUUUACCUUUUUAUUUAGCUUAAAAUUGACUAAUUUAUUAAAAUAUUAGCUAAAAGAAUUAAUUACCUAAAAUUUUUCUUUUGAUUUAAAUUUAUAAGAAAUAUGAAUUCGUCAUUCGAUUGAAUUUUCUUUUGACAAAAAAAAUUGUCUGCAUCUAAUAUCUAAUGCGUUUUGAAAUUUUAUUUCAGAAAAAAACGGAAAACUAAGCCAGGCUAUUCAUUUGUCAUAGUUAUUGUAUUUCGUGCAAGAGUAUUUAAGGGCAUUUAAGUCCAUGCAGUUGAUUAAAGUGAAUGGAAAAUAGUUUAAAGGCGUGUAGCGUAGGCAUAGGAGGCACGCAAUAACAACGAGAGUGAGGCAAGUAUCCUAACUCCCAAGAACCUGCAGAAAACCCCAAACCCCUGCUUUCUUUCGUGCUACUCCGCCUCCCUUCGCCACGCUCCCUCCUCUGCGCGUGAUGUUCCCCACCUUCCCCCUCAGUUCUAAAACGUGAGCAACUCGUACAAGUUCCUCUCUCUUUCUCUCUCUCUGUUGUAUUGAAGCUAACACAACUAACCAACGGAGAAGCAGAAGUAGCGCUUUGGAUUGGUUUUCCUGUUCCUUUGGGAGCAAAUUGCUCCCUCCAUAAACCCUCGAUACAUUCCCAUUUUUCCCAAGACAAGGGCAAUUGAGUUGUAUACUUGUAGUGUUCAGCACUUGCUAAUGGACUUAGAAGAGAAAUUCGUUUGUAAAGUUUCUGGUGUGCAAAGCCUCUCUUCCAGUGUGCAAAGUACUCCCGAAAAAAAUGGCCAUUCUGAUGAUGCUUCAAGAAGUUCAGAACUCCUUCAAGAGUUUGUGAAGGCUGGUCCGAAGAAGGAACUUCUUCCAACGUGCUUUGCUAAGGACCAUAAGAAAGUUACUGCAAAAGGAAGGAUGGCUGAAACUAAGUCAACUGGUAAGACAACUAAGAAACAAGAUUCAAAAAAAGCUUCCAAUGUUGGAAAUCCGCCUUUCAGGAAGCAAAAUCGGAAGGCUGAAAACCCCAUGCGGAUCUUUCCUAAUCCUGACCAGACUUCUGAAUCUGGACAUUCUAACUCUUGGAUCUGCAAAAAUGCUGCCUGUAGGGCUGUUCUAUCUAUAGAUGACACAUUUUGUAGACGGUGUUCUUGUUGUAUUUGUCACCUUUUUGAUGAUAACAAAGAUCCUAGUCUUUGGUUGGUAUGCUUGUCUGAAUCUACUCAAGGGGACUAUUGUGGAUUGUCUUGCCAUAUCGAGUGUGCUCUCAAACAUGAAAAAGUAGGAGUUGUUGAUCAUGGACAACUGAUGCAACUAGAUGGUGGCUAUUGUUGUGCAUCAUGUGGCAAAGUUACUGGGAUACUUGAAUGCUGGAAGAAACAGCUAACUAUUGCAAAGGAUGCUAGACGUGUAGAUGCACUCUGUCACAGGAUAUAUUUGAGCUACAGGCUCUUGGAUGGGACUUUGAAAUUUAAAGAAUUGCAUGAACUGGUACAAAAGGCGAAGGCUAAACUGGAGACAGAAGUUGGUCCAGUUAAUGGGGUUUCUGCCAAGAUGGCACGAGGCAUUGUCAGCAGACUCCCUAUAGCUGGUGAUGUGCAGAAAUUCUGCACUCUUGCUAUUGAGAAAGCUGACAGAUGGCUGGCUAGUGUUCCAAAUGUGAAUCCUGAUUCCAGAGAGGGUUCACUUCCUGCUGCUUGCAAGUUUGUUUUUGAAGAGGUAACAGCUUCCUCUGUCAAAAUCAUUUUACUUGAAGUAUCAAAUGUGGCGGCUGAGAACAGUAAGGGAUACAAGCUUUGGUAUUACAAGAGUAGGGAAGAAUCACACACCAAAGAUCCUGUUUCUGUGAUUCCUAGAUCACAGAGGAGGGUUUUGAUAUCCAACCUUCAGCCUUGUACAGAAUAUACUUUUCGCAUUGUAUCAUAUACGGAUUCAGGAGACCUGGGUCAUUCUGAGGCUAAAUGUUUCACGAAGAGCAUCGAGAUAAUUCAAAACGUUCCUCCAUCUGUUGCUAUGGUACGAAAGAGAGAGAAUUUUCAAAUUGGGGCUUGUUCUUCUGGCUCGAAGAUUGAGCCCAAUCGCACUAUGAAAGACUCUGGAUUUAAGGUUCGAGACCUUGGAAAAAUUUUGCAUCUAGCUUGGGCUCAGGAACAAGGUUAUCUUGAAGAUUUUUGCUGUGCUGAUAUGAAAACGUGCUGUGGACAAAGUGAAAUGGUCAAGCCUAAAACUCCAGAAGAGCAGUUGCCUUCAGUUCCACGAGGCCUUGAUUUAAAUGUUGUUUCAGUUCCAGAUUUAAAUGAAGAACUAACACCUCCUUUUGAGUCUUCCAGGGAUGAAGAUAAUGGUUGCACUUUGAUGCAGGCUGUUGAGGCAGAUGAUGAUGCUGCCUCUCAUGAUCUUGAGAAGAAUGGUUUAGCAAGAUCCCAUGGGAGUGGUGAUUCCCAAACCUGGACCCAUCGCCCAACAGGGGAAGUGCCAGCUGUCGACUCUCGCAUAGACGUGACUAGAAAAAGGAUAGCAAGCACGAAUGAAGAGAUACAUGAUUGUGACAGUACUUUGAUAAAUGGUUCUCCUGUACGCAUAUCUGAUGGUUCAUCUUCCCUGGAUGAGAACUUUGAGUAUUGCGUGAAAGUAAUUCGUUGGCUAGAAUGUGAGGGUCACAUAAAACAGGAAUUUAGGUUGAAAUUGCUAACAUGGUUUAGUCUGAGGUCAACAGACCAAGAACGCAGAGUGGUUAACACCUUCGUUCAAACUCUCAUUGAUGAUCCAAGCAGUUUGGCAGGGCAACUUGUUGACUCUUUUUAUGACAUUAUAUCCAACAAGAGGCCAAGAACUGGAUUCUGUAAUAAAGCUUUGGCAUCAAACUAAGGGUGUGGAAUCCUGUUGUACAAGUCUGCUGCUAUUCCCAUGGAUCUUACGUUAACCAUUUUUAUGUCAAAAUUACCCUCUGAUUGUUUUCGCCUUCCUUGUACAGGCAAUUUUUUAGUCAAUCACAUUCCAAGUGAUUCAUUCUUAUUGUAGACAAGUUCUAUCUUGCAUUAAAAGGAUUUGCAUUGAAGAUGGUGGAAACUGUAAUUCUUUUGUCCGUGGUUCGGAGGAUCUUUUGACGUGAAGUUUCAAGAUGUAGCCAUUUUGCGAUUUCAUGGACUACCGCCUUUAUUAUGAAUUUAAUCAAAAAAGAUAUUAUUUAUUUAUUUAUUUAUUUUUAAAGUUAGAGAUGAAAUUUGAAUCCAAAAUGUUUAGGUUAAGAUGGAGAAAUUAUGUCAUUUGAAUUAUAGUUUGUUGACGAUAUUAUUUAUUUAUUUAGUGUUGAACUUCUCAUUACUUUUCAUUUGAAGGACAUGUUAUUUUUUUUA